AUGGGUUCCAUCACCAGAGAGGAAGAUGCGCCCACAGCCUCCUCACAUCCGCUCAAGAUCUUUGAUGCUGUGAGGAGGCAAGAUCGGUUUCUAUAUGCCUGUGCGCCGAUGGUGCGCUACAGCAAGCUUGCAUUUCGCCAGACCGUUCACAAGUAUGGCGUUGACCUGUGUUGGACGCCCAUGAUUCUGGCCAAGGAGUUUAACAGGAAUCAGUUUGCCAGAGACAGCGACUUCACAAUAUCAACCUCCGGCGUCCAGCCUCCCACAAUAGUCCAGUUCGGCGCAAACGUGCCCCUGGAACUCGCCCGCGCCUCAACCCUCGUCGCGCCUUUUGCGUCGGGCGUAGACCUCAACUGCGGAUGUCCCCAAUCAUGGGCCUGUGCGGAAACGCUCGGGGCUGCGUUGAUGAACAAGAGAGAGCUGGUGCGCGACAUGGUGAUCGAGACGAGGCAGCAUCUGGCCAGGGACGGAUGGGCCGUAGGGAUGGAGGAGGACAUGGAGAGUCCCAAGGGACGUAGUGUGAGCGUCAAGAUACGGGUUCACGAUGAUUUGAGGAAAACAAUGGACUACCUCGACACAGUCAUAGGACAUCCACAAAACCGCCUCGUCGACUGGGUCACCAUCCACCCUCGAACCCGCCACACCCCCUCAACAACCCCCAUCUUCACCGAAGCCCUCGAAAUCCUCACCGAAAAGUACUCGCGCACGCUCCCCAUCCUGCUCUCCGGCGAUGUCUUUGAUCUCGCAACCCUCCCCAUCAGAUCAACCUCCCCUCCCGACCUCGCAACUCUCACCAUCAAAGAAGACAGCAACAACAUCUCCACACAGCAACAGCAGCAGCCGAAACCCAGCAACACGAAUCUCACGGGCUUCAUGUCCGCCCGCGGCCUCCUCGCCAACCCGGCCCUCUUCGCGGGCUAUUCGGCGUGUCCAUGGGAGACGCUGGAGACGUUCAUGUGUAAUGUUGCACGGUGUCCGCUGCCGUUGAAGUUGGUUGUGCAUCACGUGCAGGAAAUGUGUGCGCCGGGGAUGGGUAACGACAAGUCUUCGUUGUUGAAUAAGAAGGAGAGGGCGAAGUUGGUGGAUUUCACGAACAUGGCGGAUUUGAUUGACUUUUUGGAUGAAAAGAUUGAGGAGCAUACUGGGCAGAAGGGGAUGAGGCGAGACUUGUGAAACAACUAGAAUAAAAUAAGAGAAAUCUGAAAGAAAAAACAUUGCAAAAGAAGGGAAAAUGUAUCUAUAGAAUCAGGGAUUGCGGUCUUGUCUGGCU